AUGGGUCCAGCACUAGGCGGUGGCCAUGGGCGCUACAAUGGACUUCACGGGUUGGUCACAGAUAACAUCCUGCACUACAACGUUGUCCUGGCAAAUGGCACAAAGAUUAAUGCCGUGCUGAAGUGGGGCUUCUAUUAUGCCGGCCCAGCUGUUGAAGCGGAAGAGCUCCUGAGACCAUUUAACGCCAUUGGUGCUGUUGCAGAGGACAUGAUUGACCUCUCAUACCCCGACAUAGCUGGACUCACCAGUGGAGACUGUGCUGGUGGCAACUUGGCUAUAUCCAGUGUCUUGACACUAGAGUACAAUGCCACAGCGGAACGUACUCUUUACGAUCAUUACAUCUCGAACGUGGCCAAAUACCCUGAGCUCGCUGCUACCGCCUAUCUCUGGUACGAAGGCUACGCUACUGCCGGAUACCAGGCUAUUCCUUCCGAGUCCACCGCCUACCCUCACCGCGAAGAGAACCACAUAAUGUUCUUCGCUACUGUAGUACCGGAUGGAUCUGACCUGCUGGAAGUGGCAAACACGUGGGCCAAGGAGUCAACAGACAUCUGGAACGGUGGCCAGCCCGAUCGACAGCCAAAGUUGUACGUGAAUUACGCCAUGGGCCACGACUACGAGACACUCGAGUCCAUCUAUGGUUAUGAAGCGUGGCGCUUGGAAAGACUGCGCUCGCUUAAGGCUGCAUAUGAUCCAGAGAACCGUUUCCGCUUCUUUGUUCCACUUGUGUCAAAUUCAACAUCAUAG